UUUUUUUCUUUCUUUUUUUUUUCAUAAUCAUAAUAUUUAUACCAUGUCAAAAGAUAUAGAUGAAUUGACUCAAUCUAUGAAAAAUACAAAUGUGAAAGAGGAUAUAUUAGUAGAUGUUGACUACGAUGAGUCUUCUUCUACUCCUAACAUUAAUGACAUUGAUGUUGAAAACAGUAAAGAUACUUUAACAAAAGAAAAGGAUGAAGUUGUACAAGAUAAAAAUCAGCAACAAGAAAGUAACUCUUCUCGACAAUUUCAGGCAGAUAUACCACCCUUUGAUUUUCAUAGAUUUUUAGAGCAAAUGAAAGACCCAAGUGCUGUACCCAUUGCACGUUAUACAAAGGGCUUUAUAACUGCCUUUCAUAGAAGAGAAGCUUGGACUGUAAAUGAGCAAAUUAAAUUUAUACAGGACUUUUUAAACUUUACUUAUGGUCGAAUGAGGGAUUGUGAUGUUUGGAGAGAUAUUUCAGAUAAAGAAUUUGAAAAUGCGAAAGAAGGCAUGGAGAAACUAGUAAUGAAUAGGCUAUUUAAUGUUACAUUUUCACCAAAUACUAUGGAUGAUAAAGAAAAGGACGAAAUAUUACAUCAUAAAAUUAAAAUCUUUCGCUGGAUAAGGGAGGAACAUCUUGAUAUACCCAAAACGGACGAUAAUGAAUCAUUCUUAACUUUUGCAGAAUCAGAAUUAUUGAAAAUGAAUAAUUACAAGGCACCAAGGGAUAAACUUAUUUGUAUUUUAAAUUGUUGUAAAGUUAUAUUUGGCUUAAUGAAGCACAUGGAGAGAGAUGAAGGAGCAGACGUUUUUCUUCCACUAUUAAUAUAUGUCGUUAUUCGUGCAAAUCCGCCUCGUUUAAUAUCUAAUGUUCAAUAUAUUUCUCGAUUUAGAAACCCUGAACAUCUUAGAGCAGAAGCUGGAUACUAUUUAACCAAUCUUAUGGGUGCAAUUGAAUUUAUCGAAACAAUGGAUGUAAAUUCAUUAUCGAUAUCUCAAGAAGAAUUUGAUGCGUAAAUAGAUAAUAAUUACAUAGUUAAGUCAAGAGGAACCCAAA